UGCUGCCAUCUAUCGGCCAUAAAUGGAAUGCACGCUCUCGAGCAUGGUGGAUAUCAGGACGAAGAGCGGAAGUUUAAUGGAUUUUUAAAAUAAAAUAAAAAUAAAAACAACAUUAAAUAUCCCACGGAAACCAAAUACAGGUUUGUGGUUAUUAUUAUUGCAUGUUCCUUAAAAAGAAAAGCAUAACCUCCGAUUGUGAACUACUUCUAUGUGUGCACGCUGCUGUUAUUGUACUUCAUGAUCUCAGGAUGCACCCGGACCUGUCGCCGCAUUUACACACUGCUGAAUGCAAUGAACUGAUUUCGCUGCUCAAACAGUGUCACAAAGAGCACAACGUCCUGCGCUUCUUCGGGACGUGUAACGAUGUGGACCGCUCGAUGAGGGAGUGUCUGAAGAAGGAGUAUCAGGUGAAGCGAGAACGCAGCAAAGCUCAUGCAGAAGAGAUGAGACAGCGGAUCAGAGACGGUCCUAAAGCCCAACCCUGAGAUUUUCUGCAAAAAAAAAUAAAAGAUGUGAAAUAUUA